AUGAUGACUUUAACUAUUAAAAGUGAAGAUACACCACUUCAAGUUAAGUUGAAUGACUUUGCUGAACAAAUCGCAAAAUUAGGAGAAGCUGCUGCUUUGUUAAUGCUUAUUGUCCUUUUGAUUAAAUAUUUUAUUUCUUUCCGUAUUAAUAGUGUACCAUCAGCAUCAGAAGCAAUAAAUAAUUUGGUAAAAUUUAAAGAUUUAAUGGAAGAUAUUACAUUAUUGUGUAUUGUUGAUAUCGAGGACUCUUUAAGAGAAGGAAUUCAACAAGCUGUUGCUGAUUGUAAAGAUGCUGGAGUCAAAGUUCAAGGUAUAGUAAUGGAAGGUCCUGAAAUUCGUAACUUAUCACCUGAAAGAAUGAAUAUGAUUCUUCCACGACUUCAAAUUCUUGCAAAAUCUAGUCCUGAAGACAAAAAAAUAUUGGUUGGAAGAUUAAAGGACGAAUUCAAUGAUAUUGUCGCUGAAACUGGUGAUGGUACUAAUGAUGGUCCUGCAUUAAGGACUGCUGAUGUCGGGUUUUCUAUGGGUAUUUCUAGUACAGAGCUAUGGGUGAAUCUUAUCAUGGAUACAUUCGCUGCUCUCGCUCUUGCUACAGCUUUAUUAUUUGCUGAUGAUUUGGGAUGUUAUGGAGUUGACACAGUUAAGUCAGAUACAAUUGUUUUUAAUACAUUUGUAUCGUUACAAAUUUUUAAUGAAAUUAAUUUGAUGGUAUCUGCAGUUGGUGUACCAUUGUCAUCGAUACAUUAUAAAAAUCAAAUUGAUUCGGAAGUAACAGUGAGAUCAUUACCAGGUCCAAUACCAGUGCCACGACAGGAAAUUGACGAAUACAAUCAUAGCUAA